AUGUCUCGCAUUCAUGGAAGAAUAGAUGAACCCCCUGAACGACAAAACGAGUACUUCAUUGAAAAAAAUGGCAUUGCUCGCGAAGUUAUCCAGUCUGAUAUUUGCCGUUACCUUGGCAAUCAAGCUCUUGUAAAACCGGGAACUCACCAGGGUCGACAAGGUUUUUAUAUUCGUGCCUAUCGCAACCUCACACCCGAAAUGAUUGCUGAUCUAAAGGUCGAUUCCUCACGAUGGGAAGCUGACAGGGAAAAAGAGAGAGAGAGGGAAAGAGAGAGGGAGAGGGAGAGGGAGAGGGAGAGGGAAAGGGAAAGGGAGAGGGAGAGAGAGCGGGAGGAGGCUGCGAGGGGACAUCCUUUGAAUGCCAGCCCUCCAGAAUUUCCGUACUCCAGUUCUGCACCUUUCGAAAGGCGUCAGCAAGCCGGACAUACAGCAGCCUAUCCUUCCGGCUCAUCCCAGUCAUACGACACCUAUCCCCCUGCCAUGCACAGCCAAUACGGUUCAAAUAGCCCACCGUAUCCGGCAGUGUUUUCCACUGCCACAACAUAUGGUUCAAUUCCCGCUUCAUAUGCCCCAGUAGUCGGGAACUUCGCCGCUCACACGCAGCCGCCUGUGAGCAGUCCUGACUAUGUAUAUGAGGGUUCUGCCGGGGUCUCUGUGUAUAAUGACCCAAGGGCAAAUCCGAGGUACCCUGGCCCAGGUUUUGAGAACGAAGCCGAUUAUCCUCCGCCAGUUUCAGCGGGUAUUGGCUACACUCCAAUUUCUGUUUCGGAACGGGCGCCGGUCGUAGACUCUAGGCUCCCAUCCGAUCCCAGCUAUCGUGCGAGUGUGCUCCCCCCACUUAGACGGGCUCGUUAA